GGGACGUGAAUGUUAUUGAUUGGUCGUGCAUCUGCAUACACGUCGCGGACGAUAGGUAUCAAAGGCAGAGAGAGGCCUGUUACUACGCAAGAGGCAGCUCAGAACUGUUGCUGUUCAAAUACAGGAUUAAAAUAACACACAAAGCGCAGUUUGGGCCUGUUUUCGUCUGCCGUCUCGAAUUACUCCACGUUGACAUUUAAAAAUGGCCCUAAGCAGGUUAAAUACAUUUACCACUAAAUCUAGUCUUUUCAGGCAACUACCGCAAAAUGCCAAAUGCCUGUCAAACCUCAUACUCGGGGAACCCUCAGGCCCAAGUGUCAAGACUCCCAUUCCUGGUCCCAAAUCCAAGGAAAUGAUCAGCGAACUCAACACUAUCCAGUUUGCCAACACUGUCAUCUACUUCACCGACUACAACAAGAGCAUAGGAAAUUACAUUGUCGAUGUCGAUGGCAAUGUUUUGCUGGACGUUUACACCCAAAUCUCUUCCCUGCCACUGGGUUACAAUCACCCUGAUCUUCUCAAAGUUCUGCAAGAUCCCGACAACCAAAGAACUUUCAUCAACAGGCCGUCCUUAGGUCUCUUUCCAGGGCAAGGCUGGCCUCAAAAGCUAACCAGCAGUUUGUUGUCUGUAGCUCCUAAAGGCCAUUCUCAGGUGACAACAAUGGCCUGUGGCUCUUGCUCCAACGAGAAUGCCUUCAAAGCCGCCUUCAUGUGGUAUCGAAACAAGCAACGAGGAGGAGCACCCAUCACCGAAGAGGAAAACACCAGCUGCAUGAUGAACGUUGCUCCUGGCUCGACGCCAUUCACCAUCAUGUCGUUCAAAGGUGGUUUCCACGGCCGAACGAUUGGAGUUCUUUCAACAACCCACUCUAAAGCGAUUCACAAGCUGGAUAUUCCCGCUCUGGAUUGGCCUAUUGCCAGUUUCCCGCGGUACAAGUACCCACUUGAAGAAUUCGCCGAGGAAAAUAAAGCCGAGGAUCGCAAAUGCCUGGCCGAAGUGGAAGAGGAAUUUGAACGUUUCAACAAAUCCGGCAGAUAUGUGGCCGGUGUGGUCAUCGAGCCCGUUCAAGCCGAAGGAGGUGACAACCACGCCUCACCGGAAUUCUUCCAGGAGCUCCAGCGCAUCACCAAAAAGGUCCCGGUGUUUUGGUUUUGUUCCAAAAAUUGCAAUUGUCGCUUUAAUUCUGUUCCUUUUUUUCUAAAAAAAAAAAAACAGAAUGGAGCAGCUCUCAUCAUCGACGAGGUCCAAACAGGUGGAGGAGCUACUGGCAAAUAUUGGUGCCAUGAGCACUUCCACUUGCCCGAACCGGCGGAUUUCGUCACGUUCAGCAAGAAGAUGCUCACCGGAGGAUAUUACAGCUUGCCUGAAUUCAGACCUCAACAAGGAUACAGGAUUUUCAACACGUGGAUGGGCGAGCCGUCCAAAGUGUUGUUGCUGGACAAAGUUAUCGAGGUCAUCAAGCGUGAUAAUCUAUUGAGCAUUGUCCAAGCAUCCGGCAAAAAACUAAUGGACGGACUGAUGGACAUGUCGAAACGCUACCCUCAACAUGUGAAGAACGUACGAGGCAUCGGCACAUUCUGCGCCUUUGAUUCCAGCAGUGCCGAGAAGCGCGACGAGAUUGUAGCCAAAUUGAAAGAAAAGGGCAUUCAAUCCGGAGGAUGUGGUGAUUUAUCGCUUCGUAUAAGACCAGCCCUGGUGUUCCAGCCGUAUCACGCCGACAUCUUUCUCGAGAAGUUUGAGAAGGUUUUGAAGAAAAUCAAAACUGUCUAGAAGAGUAGAGAAAAUCGCUGCCAGCAAUUUGAGAGAGAGAGAUUGAAGUAAUUAGAAAAGCAACGCGUUGAUUGUUUUUUAAGUUGUGCAAAUGUUUCUUUAUCCCUCUUUCCAAUUUCCCCUUCCUUUUUGAAUUCUACUCGGUGUGUUGCCGUUCAUCACUCAUCUCUUCAAUAAAAAUACAAUAUUCCAAAGGUCUUCCAUUUCACCUUUAGUGCAUUGAUAACACAUUUUUUUGGUUCAACUAUAUAUUCACUGUCGGGAGUAUUCCGUUAUUUUAGCGUGUUUGCUUGAUUUUUCGUAUCUACAGUUGGGUUGUUGUUCCAUCUGAUUUAAAAAAAACAGUAUAUCUCUACUGUGUUUUUUGUUAUUCUCUAUUUCAUAAUUUCUAUUUGCAAUAGAUAGAAUCAUUUGUUUGUUGUUUGUUUUGGUUUGUUUAGUCUUUUUUUAUGUUUCAAUCCCAGUUUAUCAAUACAACAUUUGGCGGCUAAACAACUGAUAAUAUACCGAGAGAUCCUA